AUGGUGGUCAAUAAUCCCAAUAACUGGCACUGGGUAGAUAAGAAUUGCUUAAACUGGUCAAAAGAAUAUUUUCAAAAUAACUUGGUUGGUUUAAUUGGAGAAAAUGAAACCAGUAGUGUUAAAAUAGUUGAUGUUUCAUCAGUUGAAGGAGAUGUAGAUGUUUCACAAAGGAAAGGUAAAGUCAUUUCAUUGUUUGAUUUAAAGAUUGUUUUAUCAUACAAAGGAUCAAAUGAAAAAGAUAAGAAUAUAACAGGAUCUAUAACAAUACCUGAAUUGGCUUAUGAUAGCGAAGAAAGCGAUUUAGUAUUCGAUAUUUCAGUAUAUAAUGAAAAUAGUGAUAAUUCGAGCAUUAAUUCAUUAAUUAAACAAAAAUUAAUUCCCCAAUUAAGGGAAAAGUUAGUGAAAUUUGGACCUGAUUUGAUAGAGACCAAUGUUAAAGACAUACAAAUUGAACAAGAUAAAGUCACAUCAACUUAUACAAAAGGAAACUUAGCCCAACCAAAACAAACGAAUGACAACAAGAAGGAAGUUGCAAAGCCUAGCACCAGUUCAACUUCUUCGAUAUCUUCAAAUGCAGCCAAAGCAACUGAAAGUAGCAAUAACUCAUCAAAUAUCCCAAAAUAUAACACUACCACAUUACAUCUUGAACCUUCAUUCAACACGACAGCUGAGCAAAUAUAUAUUACGUUAUUAGAUGAAUCAAGAAUUGCAGCUUGGACUAGAUCUUAUCCAAUAAUUGAAAAAUUUCCACCAAAGGAAGGUUCAACUUAUAAAUUUUUUGGUGGGGCAGUUAGUGGUAAAUUUUUAAAAUUGGUUCCUAAUGAACAAAUAAUAGAAUCAUGGAGAUUAGAAGAUUGGAAGCAAGGUCAUUAUGCUGAACUUAAUUUGAAAUUGGUUCAAAGUAGUGGUGAAACUAAAUUAGUUGUUAAGUUUUCUGGAAUACCUAUCGGUGAAGAGGAAAGAGUUAGGGAUAAUUUUGAAGAUAUGUAUAUUAAAGCCAUAAAGAUAACUUUCGGAUUUGGCGCUGUUUUAUAG